AUUUCAGGACCCGUCGGUCGGUGAGCUCCUCGCCAAACGUUUUUCAUCAUUCCCAACAUAAUCAUUGCACCGCCACAGCCGCCGCCGCCACCACCGCAACCAGCACAACAAAAUCAUCCGUUGGUGGCACGCCGAACAGCCAGCGAUCAAUCAUCAGUGACACCAAUGACGAUGGUCAAGACGCUGGUAGCGUUGGCUACAGAACGAAUGCUUCUGAAGACGAGUGGGCCGACGUUUCUUCGAGGAAUUGAGUUUAUGUAUGCUGCUGGGCUGGCACCGGAUCGGCUAUCGGUUAUGAUGACGUCAUCACACAAAUAUGUGCUCCAAUUUCACUCGAAAUGCGACAUUCGACCAUUUGCAGCAAACUAUCCGAAUUUUGGAAGAGUUCUCAGAGGCAUUGUGCACGUCCGUGAAUGGCGUAUAAAAUCGAUAGAAUUUGUGAACGUUGCAUUCUACAUGCGUGAUGUCGACAAUCUUGAACGUGCCAUUGAGAAGCUCGGCGUCGAGUUGGUACUCCUCCGAAAUUGCACAUAUCCGGGAGUUCAACGUGGCGAUGAAGCGGUGAAAUUCCUGUCAGCACUGAAUCGAAAGAAGCAGGCAGUUGUAUGUGAAUAUGGAGAUGAUCGACUGAAACAUCGAAUUGGUAGAAGAUCAAGUGGAAAUCGAACACGAAGAGCCAGCAGGAAUGGACAAGAAAUUGUGAAUCCAGCAAUUGCUCCGGGAGCCGCGGCGGCCGCCCAGCCGGCAUUAGAAGCUGCUCCAGCGGCACCUGCAGCAGGAGCAGCAGCUCCAGAAGCAAAUGCACCACAAGCAGCUCCGCCAGGCAUCAGACGUCCGAUUCCACUCAAUCCAGAUCAAGCUCGUCAUAUAAUUCCCCAGCUUUUGAAUCCAGGAGGUGCUCAGCCUGCUCCAGUUCAAGAUGGUCCAGUCCGUGGGCCGCCAGGUAUCAUCAAUCAAGGAAGAGUCGUAGUUGGAGCACAUGUCUAUGAGUUCCGAGCUGCUGAUGUGCCCAAUGCUGAUGGAGUUCCCGCUGUUCAUAAUAUUAACCACCUCCUCAACGUACUCAAUGAAAAUGCGGGAAAUGACGUCAGAGUGAUUGUUCUGCCCAGCCGAGUUGGUGAAGGACUUCCGAUUCAUUUCAACAAUAAUGAUCUGAUAUUCCGUCAUCAAAGUCGACCACAACCUGCUCCACAACAAGCUGCUGCUGCUGCUGCUGCCGGAGCUGCUCCUGCUGUAGCAGUUGGAGCUGAGCCACUACCACAACCAGAUGAUGUACAGAUUGCUCCGAUUCCAGCAGAUGAGCGGCAGGCACGGUAUGCACGUGUUCAAGCACGUCUCGGACAUAUGAUGAAUGCGAGAAUGCGGCAGAAUCAAGAAGAUCAGCAAUAUUAUUACGAUCAGCAACCGCCGAAUUUGAUGGUUGUUGGAACGGCUCAUGCACAUUAUCGUAGACACAUGAAUGCACAAGCUCAUCAGCAACAAAGAGAGCCCAGUUGGAAUAAUUUUGCAAAUGCUCCUCCAGCCAUAAUUCAAAGAAAUCUUGAUGCUCCAGCUCCAAUGUUCGGUGUCGCAGUAAAUGAGCCACAAGUUCAACGGAAUGGCGAUGAUUCGAAUGACUCUACGGAUCGAGAAGAGAUUUACGACGCCGAGCAGCAGAGACAAGAAGCGUUGAGAGAUUUGGUGGCUGAUCCAGAAGCUCAACCAAAUUUUGCGCCCGUCGAAGCACAGGCUGUAGAUUUGGAUAUGUUGGAGGAAGAAGGAGAAGACGAUGAAGUGAUGGAAGUAGGAGGAGUCGACGGACAAUUCAUGAUGGAUGGCCGAGCAGUUAUGGAAUAGUUUUCCCUCGUCCACGGCCACAAUCACCUCUUCAUUCAACAACUAAUCUUUCUCACUAAUAUAUUCUUGAUUUUCCCCAAAUAAUCCCAUUUUCUUCUUCAUCUCCAUUGAAUUUUCACGUAUCCGGGUAGUAUUUAGGAUAUCAUUUCGUUUCAAACCAGUCCCCCCACCACUUUUUUUUUUUUGAAAUCUGAAAUAUUCAGAUUUCCCCUGUUAUUAUUUAAUACUGUCACAGUCAUUUCUGUACCUUUUUUGAAGUUUUCGCACUGAAAAUUUUCCAAUUUUUCAUUAAAAAUAGCCCAAUGUGUCGUCGUUUGUGCCUUUUCGGUCCUCCUGUUUUUCUCGAAAAAAAACCCGCUUUUUAAAAACUUUUCUUCAUAUACUAAAACUUUCAGUAAUCCCAGUGUGUGUUCUCUCUUAUUCAUUUUUUCCCACCAAUUUUCAUACAAAUUUGAAAUUGUACAGAAUUUUCCCUUUUUUCCUUUUAAUUCUUAAUGCUAAAAUCACUUAAUUUUACCCAAAAAUAAUUUACCAUGUCUUCUCUAAUUCCCUGUCUCUCUCUCUCUCUCGCUUGAUUCACAGUUUGACGUACUCCGCCGAACAAUUUCGCUUCUUUUUUUGUUGAAAUGUUUUUUUUUCACACCUACAUAGCCUAUAAGCUCCAAUUAUUGUGUCUCUCAGCGGCUUAUUUGAUAUAUUGUCCACAAUAUUUCUCGUGUUCCUUCUCCUUCUCGCUGACUUGGAGAUUUUGUUUUUCCAAUGAAAAUGUAUUUUAAAUUACUUUCAAACGAAUUUUUUCAAAACAGUAAAAUUUUCGAUGGUU